CGGGUCGCAGGUUUCUUUCCCAUCGCCGGGCUCCUGAGUACUGACGGGGCGACCGCGGCGCAGAGCUGCAGGAAAGCGAAUGGAAGGGAGGGCAGCGAUGGUGGUGAGCUGUGCCGGCACGACCACGAGGAGUCGACAGGCAUAGACUGGCAGCAGAAGCAGCAGGCGCAGGGCCAGGGGCAGAGCCGGGGACUGACGGGGCGAGAGGGGCAGGGGGCGAGGUGAGGCGCGAUGUGUUGCGGGGCGAGUUCGUUCGGAGUGGUGGGCAAUUUCUGUAGAAGGCUCGGGGUGGGCUCGUCGGGGCGAGAGUGAUGAGAGGGAGAGAUGAGGCAGACCAUGGCGAGCGUGCCGGGUGACUAUAUCCAUUUCAAGGGUCAGGUUCCGCUGCAUCACAUCUCUAUUGGAACCAGUCACUGGCGCUUCUACGAUUAUGGACCCAAGAGUGUCCCCCCGGUCGUUUGUCUCUGUGGAAUUGCUGGGACGGCAGAUGUUUUCUACAAGCAAAUCUUGUCCCUGUCUGCCAAGGGCUACAGGGUAAUUGCCGCAGACGCACCACCUGUUCGUAGUCACCAGGAGUGGGUUAGUUCUUUCGAGAAGUUUCUGGACACCCUUGGUGCACAUCAUGUCCACUUGUAUGGCACAUCCCUUGGAGGCUUUCUCGCACAGCUAUUUGCUCAGUAUCGUGUAAGACGCGUAAAAUCACUGCUGCUCUCCAACACGUUUUUGGACACUCGCGCUUUCCACGAUGGAAUCACCUGGUCAUCAUUUAUAAGCUGGACACCCGAGUUCGUAUUGAAGCGAUAUAUCUUGUCUGGAAUACGGGAUGGUCCUCAAGAGCCAUUAAUAGCGGACUCCAUAGAUUUCGUCGUUGGUCAGCUUGAAACUCUUUCCCGGGAGGAGCUUGCAUCACGCUUAAUUCUGAACACAGCUUCAGCAGCCAUCGGACAGCUCCCAAUUCCAGAUUCUGCCAUCACUAUUAUGGAUACGAAUGAUUACUGUGCAGUGCCCCAGAUGCUGAAGGAUCAAGUCGCCGCUCGAUACUCAGGUGCACGUCGCGCCCAUCUUAAAACAGGCGGAGAUUUUCCAUUUCUAUCUCGUGCUGGAGAGGUCACCCUUCAUUUGCAGUUACACUUGAUGCGAGCGGGAGUUGAAGGUCAAUUGCCUUUAGAAGCUAAAGGUUCGAUGUCUAAGGACAGAAUUCCAGAUGCAGCAGUUGCUGUAGGUAGUAAAGAUGGUGAUUUGAUUGUUCGAGAUUAUCCCUUGAGGGGUAGAGGAGGAUCUCUUCGACGGCUUGACGACUCAUCAUCUGGCAGCAAUGACAGUACAUUGUUCAGAAAUAGCGCUCAGCUAGAUUCCUCUCGAGAAAUUUCUCAGGAGUCCAAAAAACGGGCUUCAUUUUCUGAAAGAGAUGUUGACAGGCCACAAAUUCUGCCGAGGAGUUGGUCCAACAAUUUCGAAGCUUCUCCUCAAGUGUCGAAUCCAGCCCUCAGAACUGUAGACAAUACACCGCAGAGAAGGUCAAACGGAUUGGUUGGUUCAAAUGCUGCUGCUGGUUGAAUUGGUUAGACCUCACAGGAAAAAGGGGUAUCAUCUCAAAAGUUUGGCUACAAAUCUGUGCUAGUGAUGGCGUGUGCGUAUGUGGAGGUAUGUCAACAUGCUACUGUUGAUUGGAUGUCAUGCUACCGCGAAUGCUACUUUCGAGAAGUAUUCAUUUCGUUGUACUUGUGGAAAUCGACAUCCAAGAUCAUUAUUCAAAUCGUCGACUUCAACAGCUCCGUAUCGAGGUGUUGAUAUUUUAUAUACCUGCCAGCGUGAAAGGUUUCGAUCCCUACUUUUCUGGGAGAAGAACCUAUACUCCCAAGGACGCUCAACUGAUCAGUACUUAACUUGUUCCUGACCAAGUCGAAUCUGGAAAUUGGCAUGUUGUGGACAGUUGAACCAAGUAGUUAACGUUUGUCUCAAACACCUAAAUAUCUUCUUCCAGCUGUCUUUUUCAUCUUGGUGUCUCAUUGUCGCUGUAACUCUUCAACUGAGAGAAAAAUCGACCUCUUCUCUGAAAAGCUUCCCCGUGUACUUUCAACUAGUUCUCAAAUAGAACUAGUAAGUAGGACUCCGCAGGAGGUUGGAUAAACCUAUGCUGUGGUAUGAUUUCCAUUUAUGCAGAAGAAUCAGGACCACUCGGCCACAGCAUAUUAUAUGUAAGCAAGUUUUUGUACAGGUUAUCUUGUAAGAGGAUGUACAUAGGAGGCGCAUGAUGGUGGUAACUAUUAUGUCUAGGCUCUUUUAAGUGCUGCACCAGUUUUGGCUUGACAUUUCUGCUUAGAUUUGUCUGUAUUGUUAUGAUUGGACGCUGUCUUUUGUUACUAUUUAUUUGGAUUUAUAACCCGUCAACUUCUGGUCGAAGCUGAUGGACAUUAGAUUGUGCAGAAUUUAUUUUUUAGAUAGGUGCCACAUUUGUCAUAUG